AUGACGAAGCUGUCGCGUGAGUCCUACGGUCUGCACUAUUGUUUCUCGUGGCAGAGGAUGUUCUCUGUAUUCGGGGAGACGCUCACCCUCAUCUUGGCGUCCCUCCCGGCCAUCUUGAAGAUCGAUCUAGCUUCGAGCAACGCCAGCCUUGCGCCGGCUCUGGCCCUGUGCGUGGUCUUUUCGGCAGCACUGGGUGUGCUGACGACUUGUUCUUCACCGGAAAGCGGCGGUCGGCGUGUUGAUCUUCGCCGACGAGAUCGCCUCGUCUCACACAACCAAGGCAGCGAUGAAGCCUCCCCUCCUACCCCACAGCAGCUUCUGCUGGACGUCUCUCCGGCAAAGGAGGAGGUCUCUGCAGCGAAAGAUUCUCCCGCGGUCGUUGCUGCGACUUCUCUUCGUCGUCGCCCCUCCGACAGCACGGCGGCCGACACCAACACCGCCGGCAGGGGGCUGGAUUUUGAACGACGGGAUUCCGAGGAGCUCCUGGAACUCUCGCUCAGGGCCGCCGCGGAGAAGCAAGGCACCGCACCGAGUAGCAGCAGCGCCAAGAACGGUGACCUCCACCGCAGCAGCCAUGCCGAAGCGAAGCGGGUUGCCACCAGCAGCAACAACAACAACAAAAGAGGUGGUGGCUCCUCAACAACAACGACAGCGACGCCGUCAGCACUUCAACGACGUUCGCCCUCAGCAGCAGCACCGCAACCGAUAACCCCUACACCAGCUAGGCGUCAACGGCAUCACCACCACUACAGGAAAGGCGGCGAGGUCCUCUUCAUCGCGGAGGGCGUGGCGCAGGCCGCUCUUGGGGUCAUCCGGGACCCCGUCCGUGGCGCGCAAGCCGACGGAGCUAGGGGCUUGGUGCGGGGGUUAGGGUCGGGAGUUGCCGGCGUCGUCUUGAAGCCCGUCAAGGGCGUGGCCAAGGCGGGCGUCAACGCCUACACCGGGGUUAGGAUAGGGGUCUCGAAGGCCGGGCGUGUGGUUGUUGGGAGCAGCCGCGGUGGGAGUACGAGUGCUCCCUCAUCCGCCUCUAAGACGCCACGGGGAGAAGAGGAGGCUGCUUCUUCACGAGGCAAUGGCCGACAAUCGUCAUCUUCCGAAGCCGCUCAGCCAAGAGGAGGGAAGGGAGGGGGGGGGGGAGACACAGCUUGGGUGGGGGAUGGAGAAGGAGAGACGGCUGACGCCUCCGCAUCAAUGGAUGUGCCAUUAGAAGGAGAGGCGAAGCUAGACGGUGCUAAUGCUGGUAGCAUGGGCGGCGGCGGUGGCGGCGGGAGUGAUGCGAGGAGGAGUCCAGCGGGAGAGGGCGCGCGCCCGGUCCCACCACCCCCUCUUGACGGGUUGGCGGUUGGCGUGGUCAUCAUGCCCCUGGUGGUAGCGAGCAUCUUCUUGGUGGCGGACACGAAUCGCGUCAGAGGCGGCGGAGGCGCAGGGGGGAUCGGGGACGGGGAUUGCUCAUCGAAGCCCUCUUCCUCGUGUGACGCCGCCGGUAGCUGUGGUGGCGCGGCGGCGGUUUGCGCGGACGGGGCGGAAUUGAGUGGUUACCUGGAAGUCAUUCUGGAAAGCUCGACCCUGUGCGCUGCCUGGGAGGUGCUAUUCGCGAUACAAAGGGUUAUUCGUGGGACGGGCAGAAGGCGGUCAAGUCCCACGGUGUUCUCACGUCUGCUGUCGAGCCAACCGCUGAGGCUGGCUGCGAUAGCUGCGGGGUGCUUGAUGUGCUGCAGAAGACCGCUACUCCCGCUGUGGUGCGUCGUCGUAUACGACGUCUUCAGAAGGGCGCUCGACCUGCACAGGGGGCGGCAGAUGCGGCGGCUGUCUUUGAGGGCCGGGGAAGCGGCGGUGCUUACCCAUGCCCUCUCGCUUUGGGUGGUAGAUGCCUGCCUUUACACCGUCCAAGAGUUGUGGGUCGUGGGAUCAAGCGCAAGCACGUGGGAGAGGAUGUUCCCACGUGUUCCGCCUCGAUCAGAGACCAUGAUAGUGGUUCAAACCGGCAUUCUAGGGACCCUCGCCACCGGCCUGGCUUUGGCUUCGGCUCGCGCACUGGCACCUGCAGCAUGGCGGUCUUCCCGACCGCCAUGGCAAAGCUGCGCCUUCACCUACACUGUCCUGGCGGGCGGCACCGCGUCAUGGCUCACCUACUGGACGGCCCCCCUCCUGGGAUACUCAAACCCGGCAGCUUGGGUUGCCCUCUACUCCAUGGGCUACUCCGACCCGGCGGAAACCGCUGCGCGCGCGGGUCUAUUCAUCCAAUCAUGGGCAGACAAACACGCGACAGAGGGGUGGAGAGGGGGCGCUGUGGCAGCAGGCGUGUUUCGGUGGGCGUGGUCGGAGAUGAAGGGCGAAGGCGGUAUUGGGGAGGGAAUGGGUGGGAACCGUCCCCUGCUGGUGGCGGGGUGGGUGCUGGCGCUAGCAGUUGUGGUUCCCUCGGUCCCGUGGCUGUCGAGACGACUCCCGCUUUCCGGCAGGAAAACCACAUCCAGGAAGCUGUUCCACUUUCUGGCGACUGCCAUGUUCGUUCCGGCGAUCGCUCUCGAACCCGACUUCUUGUCCCUGGCCUUGGGUACGGCCUUGGGGGUGCUGUUGGCUCUUGAGUUCUUGCGCUGCACCGGAUGCCCCCCCGUGGCCUCCGUGAUGGACGGUUACUACGAAGGCUUUUUGGACGCAAGGGAUGGGGGAUGCGUGGUGGUAACGCACCUGUUCUUGCUGGUGGGAUGCGCUGUUCCUGUCUGGCUAUCCGGGCUCAUGGGCAGCCACGAUGGUGAUGGUCAAGGCAGUGUCCUCCAGCUAUUUCCUUACUCUGGUGUUGUUGUGCUUGGCAUCGGGGACGCGAUGGGCGCUAUAGUUGGGUCGAGCGUGGGACGGUUGCACUGGCCGGGCUCACGCCGCACGCUGGAAGGCUCGGCCUCCGUGUUCUUGAGCACCCUGGGGACCCUGCUGCUUGUGUGGUUUGUGCUGUUGGGGUUGAGAGGGGGAGAGGAGAGCGGAGGGGAGGGGUGGAGGAGAGCGGCCGAGAUUUUAGCGUGGCCGGUGGCGCUGACGAGCCUCAUGGAGGCCUUCACGACCCAGGUGGACAACAUCGUCCUUCCGUGUGUCCUGUUGGCUUGUCUUAGUGUAGGGGAGGCGUGAGAAAGCGAUUAUAGCGAAAGGGAUCGUGAAUGGGUCAUGGCAGCGGAUGAGCGAGUCUCACAGUGAUGUCGGUUGUGACCGGUGAACGUUCAAUAGAGAGUUUGACAAAGGUGACGACAUGUCAUGCUGGUGAAUGGUCUUGUGUGCUGCAAGUCUCGGCUCUGUUUUCGGUGCUAGCGUUGGAGAGAGGAAGGUGUGGAAGCUCAAGCAUUGUGCGGGGGACAAAGACCGAAUGGAUCAAGGGGGUGGCAGAUUGUGUGUGGCUAAUGUAGUGUUGUAGGCAAGCGUGACUACUGACCCCGACCAAUAGUCUAAUCGGGAUAGAAGUUUUUUUUCCUUUCGUUUCUUAAAUAGCCCCGUUCCUUCUUUGCAUGGCCAGGGUUUGGUGUCGUGCGUUGCGGGUCUCUACCACUAACACGUCAACUCCAUGUUGAGCGAUCGAUAGCAUAGAUGGUUCGAUGUCUAGUAGUAUGUAGUAUGUUGCGUGAGAGGUGGCAUUUCGCGCCGGAAGUGCCAGCUGUCCGCGUUCUGCAACACCCAAGCAGCGCUAGAUUACUGAUGAAGGGGGUAGUGGUGUAGGUCGAAUUGAACAAUCGUAGAUGUUGUAGAUGUCGUAGACGUGACAUGCUGUGCUUCGUUGGCGUUUGUUGUGGUGUUUCGGUGUCGAGCGGCGCGUGGGUCAUGGAUCGCGCGUUCCGUGAGGGGACGUUUCCCCUGCUGAAGGUUGACGAACAACAAUGACGUCACUGUUGUCAGGUUGACAGAUGUCGCGGCGAUGAUAGCGCCGGUGGCGGCAAGUAUGAUGUUGAGGUAGGUGCAAGUCAAGAGCCACGUGCGUGGCGGCGCUGUUUUGUACUAACCUGCUUGUCUAAACUGCGGAAUGCUGGAUAGUCUGCAUGUUGAACCUUUGUCUUGGUUAUCACAUUGUCGACUGCCGUGAAAAUAAGAAGGCGUUUUGCGCGUCCGUAUCAGGAACAAAGCAGAGUGUGAGACUGGCAGCCGAAACGGUCGAAGUAGUAAGCAGCGUGUGGACGCUCUGAGCGUUGCGGCACGAGCUGAUUUUUUUUCUUUCUCUGUGAGUUGCUUGUCCACCUUUGUCGUAUCUCUGGGACGAUCGCCAUCUGAUCUGCGGAUUUUUGGUGCCGCUGGUUUGCAUGAUGUCGUUGCGGGCGAGCGUUUUUAUUUUGAAAAGGCAUUUCGGCCGAUGAGUGGCUGGUUGUGUAGUGUUUAUAUGUGAUGCUUCAUGUGAUGCUUCAUGUGAUGCUGUUGUUUUGGAAGGGCGCAGUGCCUAUGCUCCCCCCCCCUCCGCUUAUGUUUAGAGUUGAUGGGUGGUCGCGGGCUGAAGGCCUCAUGUAUUUUUACCGGGAGGUUGGCGUUCUACCUGCACAUGUCCGUAGGUACGCCACCCCGAGGAUGGUCAUCCUGGCGAUAAAACGAUGUUCCUAUAUCCAAGCGGUGUUAAAUAGGUGAUUAAGUCACAUGUUGCGGUGGUAGGUGGUUGUGAUCUGCUACCUCGACGUGUGAUGUGCCACGCAAGGCGGUAAUUUUGUGCCUCGACGUGUGGGUGGUUGAAAGCAUGCGGCGGGUUUGCUGAGCAGCUGACUCGCCUGUACGGCGGUAGUCCGUGUGUGGACCAUGUUUUGUGCUAUCUGUUUGUGGGGGGGGGGGGUCAUCUUGUUUGUUCGUGCUGUUUCGUCAUGGAAAUGGAUAUGUUCUUUCUCAUUUGGUGUCAUUUUUCUCCUGUAGGCGUGCGACAUGGGGAUUUCUAUUCAUGUACACCCCCAAUUUCUUGUCGAAUUCGAUGUGCGAUGUGUAACAUGUUCCGAGCCUUGUUUCUUCUGUGAUGAUUUGUUGUUGUGGUUAGUCGUUGUCGUUGCCCAUCUUGUUCGCGUUAGUAACUGCUCUGGGCCUCUAUUCGGUAGCUAGCUCUUCUUCGAACCGCUCUCGAAAUUGUAUCCCGAUAAUGUUCUUUGUUUCGCAUUCCCCCCCCCUUUUUUUUUCGUGCGGGAGGCGACUCCGUCCUUCCGUUUUGUUUCUGGUGUCAGCACGCAUGGAACCAUGACUGCCUUGUCGACGCCUCUCGCAAGGUAAACUGCUGGUGUCCAGUAGUGUUUCCGCGCGUUCCUCCCUACUCGUAUUUUUCGGAGGUCGCGUCGAAGCAAAUUCCAGCUUUGUAACGGCCGAGAAAACCAAAGCUCUUUCUGUGUCACGAAAAAGAAAGGAGGCGUUCGGGGCUGUCGCUGCAGGCAUGUAUCCCUUGCAGCCCUUGGCCCGGAGUGACUUCCGUCCUUCUUCCUCCAACUCCCCUGGUUUUUAUUCGCCAAGGUUGCGUGCAGAGUGCUCUUCGCGUGCAUUGUGUUUCAUGACAAGUUGGCGUGGUCACAAGCAAGCACGGCCGCGCCGCAUCCUUGUGGUCUGCUUGCGUGUCGCGUCCAACGUGCGUCGGUGUCGCAGCAGGUCGAUUCGGCGGCGACAGCUUUUUGUUUGGUAUUGCACGAUUGUUGGUGGGUACCAUGUGGUAUUUUUUUGUGUAAUGACGGAUAUUCAUUUGUGUGGUGACCGCGUUUGUCUUGACUGGAACACACGUGCCGAACCAAGUGUUUUUUAUGUUCAAUCUGCGCGUCAUUGUCGUAUUCUAUGUU